CCCACCCACCUCCCCACAGCCAGGAGAGCGGGCAGCAGUGUUUUGAAUAAGAGCGCUCGGUCAGAUCUUCAGGGUCUUCCAGCCUUCCAGGCGUAGCAAAGCCUAACCAAACUUUUUGUCUCUUUUUCCAUUUUAAAACAUUUCUCCCCUUUAGUCUCCCACCGCCCCCUUCGCACGAACAGAGAAACAAAGUUUUCAAACCCCCAGGAAACUGUUCUGAAUCUCCACCUGACUCGUCCAUAUCUGAUUCUUCAAGCAUUUUAAAAACAUUUUUUCCCCUUUUGCUUCUCCACGCCUGGUGAAAAGCAGAAAUGCCUGAGACAUCUUAGUUGGUCCUCCGCAGUGACUGCCAUGCUCGUGGCCAACGCGAGCCUGAGCGGCUGCACGGGGUUAAACAGCGCUCACUGCGCCGCUGCCGGGGACGGAUACCCGGGGAGUGCUUCGUACCGGACCACCCUCAGCCCAGCGGGACAUCUGGUCGUGGCCGUGUGCCUCGGCUUCAUCGGCUUCUUCGGGCUGAUGAACAACCUGACGGUUCUGGUGCUGUUCUACCGCUACAAGCUACUUCGGUCCCCCAUCAACCUGCUGCUGAUUAACAUUUCUGUGAGCGACCUGCUGGUGUGCGUGCUCGGGACUCCGUUCAGCUUCGCGGCCAGCACGCAAAGACGCUGGCUCAUCGGAGCGGAGGGAUGCGUGUGGUACGGAUUCGCCAACUCCCUCUGCGGUAUUGUGUCCUUGAUCUCCUUGGCCGUCCUCUCCUAUGAGCGCUACAGCACCAUGGUAACCCCAGCUGAGGCGGACUCCUCCAACUACCGCAAGAUCUCCCUGGGAAUCCUCCUGUCCUGGGUUUACUCUCUCAUGUGGACACUGCCGCCACUCUUUGGCUGGAGCCACUAUGGUCCUGAGGGUCCUGGAACCACCUGCUCUGUCGACUGGACGGCAAAGACAGCCAACAACAUUUCGUACAUUAUCUGCUUGUUUGUCUUCUGCUUCAUCGUGCCCUUUCUAGUGAUCGUCCUGUGCUAUGGGAAGCUGCUGUAUGCCAUCAAACAGGUGAGCGGGAUCAACCUAUCGCUGAAUAAAAAGCGUGAGCAGCGAGUGUUAUUUAUGGUGGUAAUCAUGGUGAUCUGCUACCUGUUAUGCUGGCUUCCAUAUGGGAUCAUGGCUCUGUUGGCUACCUUUGGCCCUGCUGGCCUGGUCACACCUGAGGCAAGCAUCAUUCCCUCGGUUCUGGCCAAGACGAGCACAGUCAUCAACCCAGUGAUCUAUGUCUUCAUGAAUAAACAGUUUUACAGAUGUUUCCAGUCCCUGAUGCGAUGUGAAGUUCCUCGGCGAGGUUCCAGCCAGAAGAGCUCAUCCAAGGUCGCCACCAAGGCCAUGAGGGGAGCAGCAGUGACUGGUCCCCGCCAAAGCAAUGAUUUUCUAUAUAUGGUAGCCUCACUGGGUCAACCGGCCGUCACCGUGCCCCAGCUACACGUUUCUCAUGAACUCACCAUUAAUAUCACAAACGGGCACUCCUCAGACAACACACCCGUUGUGGUGUAGUAGGUGACCCACUUCUAUGGUUGAUGGUUUGCUCCAUCCGGGAACUCCUUAAUAUUAAAGCAACAGUCUGCCUCUUCAAGUGGACUUAAGCAGCUUUUGUAUCAGCUGGUGCAACCGAUGACGGUGUGAGAGGAAACACUUAAACAGCAUCUGGAUAGCAUGAACUGUAGUACGUGUGUGUGUGUGUGUGUGUGUGUGUGUGUGUGUGUGUGUGUGUGUGUGUGUGUGUGUGUGUGUGUGUGUGUGUGUGUGUGUGUGUGUGUGUGUGUGUGUGUGUGUGUGUGUGUGUGUUAGGGGUGGGCAUGAACACAAGAGGAUUCAUAUGGAACUUUCCUUAAAGAGCACAUUGCAGGUUCGAGACUCCCAUCAACCAAUGUUUAGAGAAACAUAAUAGAAACUCGUAAAAAAAAUUUUUUUUUACACAAACAUAAAUUAUUUAGGCUUUUAGAGUCGUUUUUGUGAGAAAAAUGUUUUUAUUUUAUUUAUUUAUUUUUUUGCUAAUCCAAGUGACGUCAGCUGAGGGAGUUCUGUUAGCUUAAUCCAGAGAAAAAUACGGAUUCUAAUGCGGCUCUGACACGGAGGAAUCUUUAAAUGUUUAUAAUUCUGCUUCUGAUGGACCAAAACCAUAAAGUUAUGAGUUUGCUGCACGCCCCAGAGAGCAGAGACAAACCAGAGCAUGGGCGUUGCACCCGUGGGGGAUGUGGGGGAUUCAACACCCACAAUUUUCUUAUUGAGAUUGUUCAACACCCACACUUUUCCAUCCGUUUUUGCUCACCUCCACACCAGUCUGGUUUCUCUACGUCGCACUCACUCUGUUUGCCUCAUCUCCUUCUUCCCCUUCCUCUUCUGUUUCUCCUUGAAACCCGACAUCGGCUGUCGGGUUUCAAGGAGAAACAGGAGAGGGAGGGAGGGAAGAGCUUGACUGAAUUCAUAAUUUUACAUCUUGACAUUAGCUGUACAAACUCCGAGUUUGAUAAAGUGAGGAACAACAAUUUGCAGAGGUUUAUAACAGGUGCGGCGCCAGGUUUUCAUUUUUGGGUGGGCCACGGUAAUUUUGGACGGACCUUAAUAAGCAGUGAUUUAAGUGAAGCAGGCAGGUCGCGCUAGAAAAUUUAGUUUAAAAAGACCUCAUAAAUUUUUUUUCCCCGUCAUUUUUAUUUCUAAAAUAUGAAGUAAAAACUCACAAUUUAUUUUUCAUUCAUAGGCACCAGCAGGGGCGGCGUUAGGCCCGGCUACUUGGGCUGAAGCCCCGAAUGUUUUAUGAAAAGCCCCGGAUCUAAAUCGCGGAAGUAACAUGCAGUACCAAAGUCCAACAGAGAGGGAGCAGCUGGCAGUAGUUUGUAUACAGCCUGCCUGAGCCUCCACCACUGAAGAAGAAGCUCUUCAGCAGCCAGUUUCUUCUACACUCUCUGCCUGAAACGCAUGAGUGAAGAUGGACAUAAGGACGUUUUUUAGACCAAAAGUACAACGACAGAACCCCAGCUUUGAUGAGACUGGUGUUGACUCAGGUUUGUGAGUCUUAAUUGAAAAUAUUUGUUGUGCUGCUGGUUUGCCUAAAGUUAGCUUACUAUCAGGUGUAAUGAUCUGAAGUUGUAUAUUUAUACACUGUAAUUAGAUCUAAGUAAUCAAUCAGAAGUGGUUGUUUUUAUCAUCAGGGAGUUUACUUAACACUCUGUAUUGAUUGAGAGACAAGAAAAGAGAGAGAGUUGGGAUCGUUUAAGAAUCUUUAAUUUCUAUAAUUAUAAAUUCUUACAAUCUACCAGGACUAUCUCAAUGAUGAAUGCAUAUGGAUUUAGAUGUUUCGUGUUGGUGUGUGUGUGUGUGUGUGUUUUGUUCAGAAUCUCUAGGAUGACGUAGCGAAUCUGGUUUGUUAUGACUAGGCUACCACGAGGCUUCAGAAGCUGAUGACAUGAGCCGCCAUUUUCUGCCGUGACUACGUACCUAUGGAGUCUCCUGCGGUCAGAUCAGGAGUGUCAGGUCCUAGAACCCCCCUUGGUGCUGGGCUGAUGAAACAGUGGUGCAGCACGACAAACCAGUCUACGGAUAGCUCCGGUAGUAGUAGCAGAUCUCGGCGGGUUCAGCUCUUAUUGUGAAGGAGCCGUCGUCUUGUUGUUCAAACGACAGAAAAUUCCAGCUCGACAGUUCAGCUCAAAGUAGGAAGUACAGCUGGCCAGCCUGUAACUUCUUAAUGAUGACGAUGGAAAUCCUUAGGACCUCGGAUGUCCUGGAGCUGAGGUUAACAUGGAACUGGUUAACGUGGAACUGAAUAUAAAAUGGCGUUGCCUUCUUUUAUAUCUCCUAAUUGUUUACCAAUCUUAGUAAACCGGAUUGGACACAUUAAGUAAACAACCCAGAUUUUGCCCUACCACAGACGAAAGUUCUGAUUGGUUGAAAACAAUGUGUCAUGCGUUUCCAUGGUAAUGUAGAUCAGUCUGUCUGGUGCAGCCCUGUUUAUUCAUUUAAACACAUAACUCAUGACAUCUUUAUUUCACAGAUCAUUCACCUGAUUAUUAAUGAUCAACAUAUGCUUUGAUUAGCUUAUCGCAAAUAAAGUACUUUGAUUAAUUAACGAAAA